GCAAGACUUUGACAGCGGAGAGCGUCGCAGAAAUUGCAGAAAAGUCUCUGUACCGUGUCACAUGUGGUGACAUAGGCACUGAUCCCAAGGAUGUCGAGAAGUACUUGGAGACUGUGCUCUAUUUGGGAAAAAUUUGGGAUUGUGUACUGCUCCUGGAUGAGGCAGAUGUGUUCCUCGAGGAACGUACAAUGGCUGACCUGCAAAGAAACAGCCUGGUGUCAAUAUUCCUGCGCACGCUUGAAUACUACGACGGCAUACUCAUCCUGACGUCGAAUCGCGUCGGCACUUUCGACGAAGCCUUCAAGUCCCGAAUUCAGGUUGCAAUCCACUACAACAAUCUGACCAAGAAAUCACGUAGGGCAAUUUGGAGCAACUUUCUUGACAUGAUCGACGAGUCCCCGGAUGAAGAUGCGAACAUUUCCGAGUUGGAAAGGAGGCUUGACGAGCUGGCCGCGCAUGAGAUGAAUGGCAGGCAGAUCCGGAAUGCCUUGCUCACCGCUCGGCAGCUUGCCAAGCAUGAAGGAGAGAGGUUGGACUGGAAACACCUGAGCCAGGCCAUCAAGACUGCGUCAGACUUUAACAAGUACCUGAAGACAGUAAAGGGGCAUAGCGAUGAGCAGUGGGCCCGAGAGGAAAUGUUGAGAUAG